UCUUCUCUGUUUUUCCCCUUUUGAAUUUUAAUGCACUGCUGAGUUUUCCUAGACCCUAGUGUUUCUCUCAGAGUGGAAACAUAACGACUUUACAUUAGCAAGUUGACGCAUUAGAAAGAAAAUAAAACUAAGUUGUGUUAUUAUACUUAGAAAAUGAUGCUUUAUUUAUUUUAGAAUUAAAUUUUCUUAUGUUUUCUUCAGUUAGUGCUUUGCUUAUCAUAGUUUGUUGGCUUACAGGAAAACAAUGGUAGUGUGUUUGUAUAAAAUUUCUUGGGGAUUCAUUCAUUUGGAUCUGUCUUGGACUAAUAGUAAUAUUGAUUGUUACAGAUUCUGUCAAGCUAGCUAGCUACCUAUAAUUUUGGCUUUCUGUUCUUAGCUGUGUUUGUAUUGGCCAGGUUCAGUUCUCAUUUCAACUUACCUAACUUGAAAAUUGUCGUUUAUAUUGGCCUUAUUCCGUGUUACAAUUAUAGGAUAGAACUACUGAUAAUAUUAUUCAAUAUAAGUCAUCUCUUUUCUUUUAUGCAAUUGAUUUUUCAGAUAGGGUUGCGUGAGGAGUAAUCAAGCUUCUAAGUUAAUGGAGUGAUACUAAAUCAGCUUCUUCCUUUUGAUUGAAGUUCGUUUAUCAUGUUAAAUUUUGCUUAUAAGUGGCAUCAAACAUAUGUUAUUUUGUUUUUUAAUAGUAUUGUUUAGAAAACAGUUAUUUCCUUUGGACAAUCCUAGAGAUAACAGAACAUAAACCAUGUGAAAAGUUCAAUCUUGCUGUUUCUGAUGUUGAGGUUUCAUUCAAUUUCCAGCAAACCCAUAUUCCAGUUUUCAAAUCAAUUGCCAGUUUUAUAGAGAACCAAGUCUAAAUUUUCCCAUUUUACCUUGUCUACAUUGCAUUGAAUCUCCAAUUUGAGAUGUGAAUUUUCUUUUUGCAUGAUUUAUAGUAUAUGAACUCUUCAUCAACUCAACUAGUCCUCACGAAAAGGAUGGGUAUAUAUGACCCAUUCCAUCAAGUGAACAUGUGGGGGGACAGCUUUAAAAUUGAUGGAAGCUUGAACUCAAUUGCUCCCCAAAUGUUAAUGAUUAAGCCUAGCAUGCAGAACAAGUCUGAAUGUACUCCUCACGAAUCAAGGGAACCUUCUGGAGAUGAUCAAGAGACUAAUGAAAAAGCUGAUACUAAGGCACUAAGACGUCAAGCUCAAAAUCGCGAGGCUGCUCGGAAAUGUCGGCUGCGGAAGAAGGCUUAUGUUCAACAAUUAGAAACAAGCCGUGUGAAGCUCAUGCAAUUGGAGUUGGAGAUUGAGAAAGCAAGAAAGCAGCAGGGUAUGUACAUACGUAGUGCACUAGAUGUCAGCUAUAUGGGAUCAUCCGGAACAAUUAACCCAGGGAUAACUUUGUUUGAACUUGAAUAUGCACAAUGGAUUGAAGAGCAAGAUAGACAGAAUCAAGAACUGAGAAAUACAUUACAAACUCAAGCAUCUGAAAUGCAGCUUCAUCUACUUGUUGAGAGUUGCUUGAGCCACUACUCAAAUCUUUUCAGAAUGAAAGCAGAAGCUGCAAAGGCUGAUGUCUUCUAUUUAAUCUCUGGUGCAUGGAAAGCAUCAGUGGAACGCCUUUUUCUUUGGAUUGGAGGAUCCCGUCCAUCACAACUUCUAAAUAUCAUUGCACCACAGCUUGAGCCUUUGACUGAUCAACAAAUUGUGAGCAUUAACAACCUCCGGCUUUCAUCUCAGCAAGCUGAAGAUGCUCUUUCACUAGGAUUGGACAAACUCCAGCAGAGUCUGGUCCACAACAUACCAUCAGAUCCAUUGGCUGUAGGACACUACGGGUUUGAGAUAGCUGCUGCCAUGGAAAAAGGUGAAGCACUAGAACGUUUUGUAAACCAGGCAGAUCACCUUAGGCAACAAACUCUGAUUCACAUGUCUCGGAUCCUGACAACUGCUCAAGCUGCUAAAGGCUUGCUGGCUAUGGGAGAAUACUUUCAUCGUCUUCGCACCCUUAGUUCUUUAUGGACUGCUCGUUCAUGUGAUCCUUCCUUUCCCACUCAACUCUCAAACUGAUAUCUCUUUCUUUGAACCUCAACUGUAAUGUGGUUUGCACAAAUAGGUGUUCAAAUCUACGGAGAUCUCUGUUUUGUUUAACAUGUUAAUGUAUAUGCAUGCUAGUUAUUAAUGGUGCCUAGCUAGUACCAUGAAGGCUGAAGCAAAGUUUAUAUGAUUUGUUGAUCUAGAGAACAAAUGAACCACUCUGUACAUAAAUAUUGUAUCAUCUUCCACAUGGAAUCAUGAAAAAGGAUUUAGGACAA